CCUUGACAAAAUUUUGUAAAAUCAUUACUUGCUCUGAAAAAUGUCGAAGUACUUGGAAAAGUUUAGCCGAAUGCGAACAAUAAUUGCAGAUAAUGGGGGAUUAAUCAACUCGAUUAAAACUAUUUACAGAACUGAUGAAUUAAAAUCAGGACGAUUGGUUGGUGAAGAUGGUUUUGGUAACAAGUAUUAUGAAAACAAAUCAUAUUUUAUGGGUCGUAGUCGAUGGGUAGAUUAUUCACUAGAAGUUAAUUUGGAUUAUGAUGGAAGUCAGGUUCCACCAGAAUGGCACAGAUGGUUACACUAUAUCGCUGAUGAGCCCCCAACAGAAGCUCAGCUGGUAAAAAGAAAAUGGAUGAUAAAUCACAGUGAAAACCCUACUGGUACUGAUAAAAUAUAUGUUCCUUACAGUACAGUUAAACCUAAAGUACAGGCCUGGAGUCCACCAUCUAAAUAAUUCUAUUUGUGUUGUGUAGUAGAAUAUAAGAAUGAACUAAUAUAAGACAUUAUUUCACCAUGUACAGUGUAUAUGGUGUGAUUUAUAAGUAUUUAUGGAGAGACAUUUAGAGCCUUUAAGAUUGUUAUCUUGUAAAUAAUAAAAGUCUGUUGUAUUCUUUAAUCGAUUAAAAUGGACAAACUUCAA